CCUGUUUCGUUUCCUCUCCUCUCUGACUGGAUGUUGAAAGCCGGAAGUGUUUUCUGGAUCCUCGCGGCUGUUUCUGCUUCUUAUUUCUUCUUCUACGAGCCGAAGAGCAGAAUGUCCUCGUCUCUCCCACAUCGCGUCGUCUGGCGUUCGGGGGGGCUGGUGGCCUACCUGCACCCGCGGCCCUGGACCCCCGGCUCUGUGGUCCUGGAGCGCAGUGCGCCCGGCAGCCCACCGGGAGGCAGCGUCUUCCAGCUGGAGGAGCCCGAGUACCUGAGCUGGAUGUCAGGGGCAAGAGCCGUGGCCCAGCUGCUGAGCGACCGGUUGGGGGUCCGGAGGUGUGCGCUCGUCAGCCGACCGCACCGGGACAGACCGGCCCAGAUCCGAGUCCUCCCUCUCCACGGUCUGGAUGCAGAGUGGCGCCCCCACCUGGCGGGAGAAGAGGAACACAGCGCCCACGACCCGGGCUUCUGCACCUCCAAGACCGCCCCCCGGUGGACCGACUCCAGCCUGACCGAGAUCCAGACCAGGAUCCGGGCCGUGCUCCCGUCGCCCGACGCCCGACCCGACCUGACGUUCCUCGGGGACGACCCGGCUCACCCGGGCCUGUUUUCACGCAUCGUUCGCGGGGAGGAGCGGCAGCAGUGGCGGGUGUGGGAGGACGACGCCCACGUGGCCUUUCUCACGCCGUUCCCCAACACGCCCGGCUUCACCGUGCUGGUGCCGCGCCGACCUUUGACCUCGGAUAUAUUCCGACUAGAGAAAGAGGACUACGAGGGGCUGGUGCUGGCGACCCGGAAGGCGGCGAGGCUUCUGGAGGAGGGGUUAGGCGCCUCGGGGGUGGGGCUUAUCUUUGAGGGCUUUGAGAUCAACUACGCUCACGCUAAGUUGAUACCGCUGCUUCUACCGCCGUCAUCAGGGACCGGAGAGGAAGCCGCUAAACC